AUGACGUCUCUCUUCCUGCGUCCGUCACAGCGUCUGGUGCACGCUCAACACACAGUGUACUCCCGACUACUUCACCAGAAAGCUCCAUUUAGCUCGCCUACGAGUUCUACUCCAUCACCUUCAGGUCUCACGUCGCUUCAGAAGGUAUCGCUCGGUCUGGCUGCAAUGUUCGGUGGCGGGUAUGCCAUUGGCUAUUUGUUUGGCCCCUUCCCGUCGCUGGAAGACAUUACGGGCAUCAAAGCUGUGAGCGGUGCUCCGAAAUAUAAGGGAGAGCUCUAUGUGACAGACAAGGUGUUCUUCGACAUUAGCAUUAAUGACGACUACGUGGGCAAGAUCGUCAUGGGUUUAUACGGAGAAGUACAGCCUCGCACGGUUGAGAACUUUCGGGCGUUGUGUACCGGAGAGAAAGGCGCGUCCCGUGCUGGACCGCCAUUGUGGUUCAAGGGCUCAAGCUUUCACCGCAUUAUACCUGGCUUCAUGAUCCAGGGUGGAGACUUUACUCAGCACAAUGGACGUGGAGGCGAGUCUGUUUACGGACGUCGCUUUGACGACGAAGAUCUGAGUGUUCCGCAUGGAGGUCCUGGCACUCUGAGUAUGGCGAAUGCUGGCCCGAAUUCCAAUGGAAGUCAGUUCUUUAUCUGCACAGGAGAUACGCCGUGGCUGGACGGGAAGCAUGUAGUAUUUGGACGUGUGCUGGAAGGGAUGGACGUCGUAGAUAUCAUCUCGAGCUGCGGAAAACGCUCGGGUAAACCCAAAGCAAUGGUCAAGAUCAUGAACUGCGGUGCGCUCGAUACGGAGGCGACGAACCAAGGUGAUACGGAUGAGGUAAAAGAGCCGAAGCGGUUGACGCGAGAAGAGAUGCAAGAUCGUCUCGACUCGCUGCGCGAGGUGGAGAGUAAGUUCAAGGCGCAAAAGGACCAGAGUGAUAUCACCAUGUAUGAACAACUGAUGGCGGAAAUUAAGCACGAGAAGGUGCGAAUCAAGAAAGCGCUAGAGAAACAGCACCCAGACGAGUAG